CCUGUUGGAAGCCGCUGUAAAAUGUCGUGAGGAGCGCCGCUGCUUUACGGCUGCCUCUCCCAGACUAGAGCCCCGGAGCGCCCACCGCCGUCAGCCGCGUCUCCAAGCUAGUCGGCCCCGUGGAGAGCGAGAGACCCUGCGCACCACAGCCCUCUCCGCUGCGCCCAUUCCUGCCCCCGGCGAUGUGAGCUCGGGGAGGCAGCGGUGCCCGCUGGCCCGGGGUUGAGACGGCUGGCAGGUGCCUGUGAGGCGGGCGGGUGCCGGGGGCCAGCAGGAUGGAGGAAAGCAUGGAAGAGGAGGAGGGGGGCAGCUACGAGGCGAUGAUGGACGACCAGAACCACAACAACUGGGAGGCUGCGGUGGACGGCUUCCGGCAGCCCCUGCCACCCCCACCGCAUCCCUCUUCGAUCCCGGCCUCUGCCCGAGAGCCUCCAGGGGGGCAGCUGCUGGCGGUGCCCGCGGUCUCCGUGGACAGGAAAGGCCCCAAGGAGGGGCUCCCGAUGGGGCCGCCGCCACCGCCUGAGGCUAAUGGGGUGAUCAUGAUGUUGAAGAGCUGCGACGCGGCCGCCGCCGUGGCCAAGGCGGCCCCCGCCCCCACCGCCAGCUCCACCAUCAACAUCAACACCUCCACCUCCAAGUUCUUAAUGAAUGUUAUAACUAUUGAAGAUUAUAAGAGCACAUACUGGCCAAAAUUGGAUGGUGCCAUAGAUCAACUUUUAACUCAGAGUCCUGGUGACUAUAUCCCCAUAUCCUAUGAACAGAUAUACAGUUGUGUGUAUAAAUGUGUAUGCCAGCAGCACUCGGAACAGAUGUAUAGUGAUCUGAUUAAAAAGAUAACUAAUCACUUAGAGAGAGUCUCGAAGGAGCUGCAGGCCAGCCCUCCAGAUCUCUAUAUUGAAAGAUUUAAUAUAGCUCUUGGACAAUAUAUGGGAGCAUUGCAGAGCAUUGUGCCUCUUUUCAUAUAUAUGAAUAAGUUUUACAUCGAAACCAAGCUUAACAGAGACUUAAAAGAUGACCUUAUAAAGCUGUUUACGGAACAUGUUGCAGAAAAGCACAUUUACAGCCUAAUGCCUUUACUUUUAGAAGCCCAGUCAACACCAUUUCAGGUCACACCUUCAACUAUGGCAAAUAUUGUGAAAGGCCUGUAUACCCUCAGACCAGAGUGGGUUCAGAUGGCUCCAACUCUAUUUUCUAAAUUUAUUCCAAACAUUCUUCCUCCUGCGGUGGAAUCUGAACUUUCUGAAUAUGCUGCUCAAGAUCAGAAAUUUCAAAGAGAACUUAUACAGAAUGGCUUUACAAGAGGUGACCAGUCCCGGAAGAGAGCUGGGGAUGAGUUGGCUUAUAACAGUUCGUCAGCGUGUGCAAGUUCCAGGGGGUACAGAUAGUGAAUGUGCUUUCCUUCCUGAAAAGAGGACACACUGGAGCUGCAGAGACUGUAUUCAGAGCACAGUGGGGGCUGCAGACACUCAGGAGCUCUGUCACAAAGCUGUUCGUGGAAGAGGAUGUUGGACUUCUUACUUGGUUUGUAAUUUUAAAACAAAAACUAAAAAAAAAAAAAAACAAAAAAAGUUGCUGCUAGACUUGGGGGUGAUUUUGAAAUGGGACAAUCUUUUAAUUAAGAGUUUAUCUACAGAUUCUGUGAGGAAAAAGCAUCUCAGAAAGUGACCAUUUCUAAGUGAAAUCUGACAGCCAAAAUCAGCAGCUUCCUCCAAAAAUAGAAGAGCAGAAUUUUUUUUUUAAGCACUUGUUUUGUUCAUUUGUGGACUUGGCAUUUUGGUGUAUUGGUUUCACAUGUCAGGAUCUCUUUUGCUUUAAAACUAAGCAGAUCAUUACAAUACAGUAUUUUUUACCCAUAACCAAAACAACCCCCUUUAAAAGAGUUGGUCUUUGUUUAGCAUUAGAAAGUCUUAGUAAAGGAAAAUGCUAACUCUGCUUUUGCUAGAACUUUCCCCCAUCAGUUCACAACUUUUUUCUACUCUGUGCCUUGAGCUUUGUGCACUUUGCAACUGUGUGACCAUGUUGUCAAACUCCUCCUGGAGAAGUGUAUGGUAUCUAAACUCACCCACCAAGAUGGCAGGUGUGGCCCUGUAGCAGGAUGCUAAUUAAGUGGGAAAAUAGACACCUGUUGCACAUUGGUUAGAUUUUCCCCUGGUUCACCAUAGCAUAUUCAUGUUAAUGUUGGGGACCAACUCUCACAGAGCAUUUCCAUUCCCUAUGCCACUUAACACGAUGUCACCAGCUGCUGUAGUAUUGGCAGUACUCUAGUUUAGGGAUGGGCGGUACUUUAGCUCUGAAGUUCCCCUUAGUAUUAUUGAGAGCUACUUCCUGUAAUGCUCUAGGAAGCAGAUAGUUAUUAAGUCCAAAUACACCCAGUGGGGUGGGGUUCCCCAUCACUUCAUUUUAAAUGAGUGAGAUAAUUACUUAAAACAAGUCUGUUAUUUGAACAUUAUAUUUGAGUGUGAUAGGGAAGAAGUAGCACUGCUGUCUUAAGGCUUCCUUCUAGCUGUGGCAAAGCUAUAUUUCUGUUUCUCUACAUCCACAGUGCUUUUUAGUCCUUCAUAAAAGGCUGUUGUUGUAAGCCCAAGAAAAUAGAUGCAGCAAGAGAAAAAUACUUUUCUUCUCAAUUUUGCUUGAAUCUUAAUUGAGCAUAGGCUUCUCUACUAGGCAACAUCAGACUAAGAGUAUUUACCUCUUCAGAGAACUUGAGAGGAAAAGAAACAUCCCAGGGAUACUGUUGCAUGUCUGCUCUGCAGGUUUUUCAUAAAGCUGCCUCUGUCAAUUCAGUUUGUUGUUUUUUGGGGGGAGUGGUGUGGAUGGGAGAGUUAGAAGUGGGAUAUUGGGAGCAAGUAAGUCACCCAGUAAUAGAAGUCCUUGAUUUGCAAAACUGUUAUGCAGAGAAGUAAAGAUAAAGGUUGUCAGAUUUAUUUUUUAAAGUACUUAACCAGAGUUGGUGGAUUUUGUGGACUUUAAUUUGACUCAGUUCACUCUGUGAGCAUCCUGGAUUGCAUCGAUGAACACUGAAUUGCUGUAAGAAUGUAGACAGGCUCUCACUAUGACCUGGACAGUUUAAGUUGCUACACCGGUAACAUUCUAGUAUCAAGGAGAAUUCCAUUCAUCAUGACAUUCACAUUUUACUUUUCUCAGUGGAAUGCUUGCUGCAGGCUUACAAUUCACACCUAGAACUGAAGUCUGAGUGGUGGUAAUUUUUCUGAAAGGAAUAAAAUUGGAAUGUUUCUUUAAAUGUGGACAAUUUCUUCAGUAUCCUAAUAUACCCAAAUGCUUUUUCUGGGAGAGAGCAUUCUUUUACAAAAGAACUUUCCCUAUAAAAGCAUCACAGUAUAAUGUGAAUUGGCAUUAAAAUCUUUGGAUGCUUUUGCAUUAUUAAGUUCAUGGAGAAAUACUUUAUAUUUUACUAUGUAUGUAUUAAUAAAAAGUGGGCAAAGUAAAGUCUGCAAAAUUUAGUUUCUCUAAAUUUUUGCUCAGUGACUGCAGCUGGCUAUGGGUCAGGGCUUAGUACAACAAAACCUUGCCUGGAAGGCACUCUAGAAAGGUUGUACAUAGUCUCCCAGUCUGCAUGUCCUGGCUGUUCAUCAUCUUGGCCCCUUGAGGCACAUCGCAGUAUGAAGGACCUGUUUAAGUUGAAAUAGACUUUGCUUAUUUAUUGGGAUUCUUAAAAAUUCUGAGUUUGCAAUAUGAGAGGAAGUAAGAUUUCCUACCCCUUCCCCUCAUUUUAUAUUGACUGUUUGCCAGAAAGUAUUUUCUUCUGUUUUCUUGUAUUUUGCUUUUGAGAUGGAGUCUCACUCUGUCACUCAGGCUGGAGUGCAGUGGUGUGAUCUUGGCUCACUGCAACCUCUGCCUCCUGGGUUCAAGUGAUUCUCCUGCCUCGGCCUCCUGAGUAGCUGGGAUUACAGGCACGUGCCACCACGCCCAGCUAAUUUUUGUAUUUUCAGUAGAGACGGGGUUACACCAUGAUAGUCAGGCUGGUCUCGACCUCCUGACCUCAAGUGAUCCACCCGCCUCGGCCUUCCAAAGGGCUGGGGUUACAGGUGUGAGCCACCGUGCCUGGCCUUUUGUAUUCUUGCCAGUAUAGUAUAUGGUUUUUCUACCCCAAUUACAUACUGGCUUUUGUACCAACAUCACUAAAGGCCCAAAUCAUUGAAGAUAGAAAACCAUACAUGCAGGCUGAUUGUGUGGUUAGUCAGUGGCCGAUUUGCUUAAACUGUCUAGUAUGUUUGUGCAGCCUGAAACUAGCUCCUUGAAAGGGAAGCCAGGUCAGUCAUCUUGAAAAAAUGACAUGUAAAAGUAAAUAGAUAAUUGUUUUGAGAGACGGUACAUAUUUUAAAGGUUGGCCUUAAGCUUCAGUAACAUUGUCAUUUUGUGACCUUUUGUUGUCACAGCUGUACCCUAACCUGACAGGAAUUACUAGUGUUUUUUUGUGGGGCAGAAAGCAAAACCUGGUGUUGUGACUAUUAUCCUAAUAGUUCUUAGGCAAGGUUAGUAAGAAGCAACACAAACCCAGAUGCAUGCAUUGUGCAUUAUUUUGUAGACAAGUCCCUUGUCUUCUGUCCCUUUAACAAAUUUGUAGCAACUACCCUCCCUUUCUUUGGGGUCUAGAGUGAAAGCUAAUUUGUGGGUAGAUUGUGCAUUAUUUUGUGCAUUAUUUUGUAGACAAGUCCUUUCCUUCUGUCCCUUUAACAAAUUUGUAGCAACUACCCUCCCUUUCUUUGGGGUCUAGAGUGAAAGCUAAUUUGUGGGUAGAUGAGAUUGCAGAAGAAUGGAUGUCCAUGGCUGUGAACACUGCACAUCCAUCUCCAGUGCUCACACCUGUGCAGCUACCACUCCCUGGCUGCAUGCCAUACUGUCAGGUUGCAGAUUUGCACACAUAAAUUCCUCAGGAAGAGUUUGCAUGAGCAUCACCUCGCAAUAUUCUGUACUGACCAAACAAGGGAUUUGAACGCUUUUCAGCACAAAAGGAUAACUUCCGAGUGGUGGUCUGUACACAUACUAGCAAAGGUAAUGGUGAUCUAGCAAACAAAAUUGGUUUCUGCAGUUGGAAGUGAGCAGGAGCACUUGUAUUAUAGUAUUUAAAUAAUCCUGGUUAAUCUCUUUUUAAGCAGAGUAACCCUUCCAGAUUUUGCCUUUUUAUUAUUGAGGCUGGCUUUAUUUUCUUCUUUUUCCCCCCGUUUUAUAGCAGUUAAUUCUUUUUGUGAUUAUUAUGCAGGAAGGAUUGCCCUUGAGUUAAAAUGUUAUUGUUUCAUAAGCAGCUAUUAAAAUAACUGAGCAUUGUUUUAUGAAAUACACUAAUCUGAGAUACUGAAAAGCUUUGCAACUAAAAAGCAAAACAACCCACAUUAGUCAUCUAGCUAUUGUUUGGAUGUUUUGAGUUGAUUUUUUAUGGUGCCUCUUUUAGCUUGGAAUAUUAUGUUUACUUUAAUCCAAGUCUAGGCCUUUUAAAGGGUCCUUAAAAUUAAAGUUCGGAAUGUCAAUCCCUUUGACACCUAUUACAGGUUUAUAGCACCUUUUUGGUUGUGAUUACUGUUUUCAAUACAAUGGUGUAAAUGAAGUUCACUUUUGUCAGAAGUUAAAAUGGAGGUCAUAGGAGUUCAUGGAGAAAUAGCUCUCCUAUUUCCCCGUUGAAAUUCACCCCAGUUUCUGGCCACAAGAAUAUGAGAAAGGAACCCUGUUCUUUUCCAAGGGAAAUUAUCCUUCUCUGUCCCCACUGUUGAUUAACUGAAGUCCCAGACACUUUCCUUCCUCCACUGGCCAAGACCCACCUUGAACCUCUUUUCAGAGCCGAGUGGCAUGAAUACGUGUACUGUUUCUGCUUCUGUUGACGGAGUGGCUAUGGGAGUAUUAAAGGAAAUGCUAAUUCGAGCUUCAUUCUUAGGGGAACCUACUAUAUAUUGCAUCCCUGCUGGUUGGAAAUUACCUUCAUCUCUGGACUGCAUUGUUUAGAAAAAUGUUAAUGGCUUACGAUUCUGAAAACUUUAUAGUGUGGCUCUGGGGUUAAGAAUUCUGUGGUUUGAAAAAAAUAAAUAUUUUGUAUUAAUUCUUACAUGUCAUUUGCAAUGUUGUGACUAUGUACUAAAUGCAGUAAGACUGUGGGUGUUCUCUUAGAAGAGUGUGUUUUGUUAAACAGAUGGCAGUUCACUCUCAUUAGUCCUGUUUGUCAAUAUUACAGCCACGCACUUCAGGAUAACUUAUUCAAAUAUGAAGUCAUGGGAAGCUAUGGCUAGUAACAGGAAUGCUUAAGAAAAAUUUGGAUGGCAAGCACAGGCAAGAGGCUUUUGCCACUCACUAGCACAGCCAGAGCAAGGAUAAAGCAAUGAAGUCUUGUGCCUAGUGGUGCUUGCUUGUCAGAAGCCAGUGAGCUCAGCAUAGGGCGUUCUGUACAUCAUCUCAUUAAUCCAAGAAAAACAAAAUGGCGGAGGAAACUCCUACUGACCUGGGAUACAAAGCCACUGACUUUGGCUCUUGAUCUUUUGGUGGGUUCUGAAUCACUCCUUCUGUAUUAGGGCGUAUACUAUCACUCUAAAACAUUGUGGUGAAUGAAAUAAAUCUUGUACAGAUGUC